AUGAGGACCACUUAUUCGCUCAACAGCCUCAAUCGGUGGUCUUGCAAGAGCGGUAACACUGCAGACAUCGCAUCGAUCAAGGGCAUUCAUAUCUACGACUUUGACAAUACCCUCUUCUCCAGUCCCCUGCCGAACCCUCAAGUAUGGCAGUCGCAAGCCAUAGGCAUGUUACAAGCGUAUGAAGUCCUCGCAUAUGGAGGCUGGUGGCACGAUUCGACUAUCUUGGCUGCCACUGGGCAAGGGAUAGAGAAAGAGGAGCCCCGAGCUUGGGAAGGUUGUUGGAAUGAGACCGUGGUUCAACUUGUGGAACUAAGCAUGCAAUCAAAAGAUGUUUUGACCGUGCUAUUGACCGGAAGAGGGGAGACAAAUUUUGCAGAACUGGUCAACCGGAUUUUGAAUGCCAAAAAGCUCAACUUCGAUCUGGUCGUGCUGAAACCUGAAGUGGGUCCGGCAGGCCAGCGAUUUGAAUCAACCAUGUCCUUCAAGCAAGAGUUUCUCAAGGAAGUCGCGUUCACGUACAAGAAUGCGGAUGAGAUUCGCAUCUAUGAGGACAGACCCAAACACGUCAAAGGCUUCCGCGAAUUCUUCGAAAGAGUCAACAAGAGUCUGAUUUCACAUCCUGCAGACCAGCCCCCACCACCUCGAAAGCCGAUCACGGCCGAGGUCAUUCAUGUCUGCGAAUUGAAAGCGACCUUGAACCCCGAGAUGGAAGUGGAGGUCGUGCAACGAGCGGUGAAUCGUCAUAACCACGCGGUCGAAACUGGUGGCCCAAACCCCUCACGCUCGGUCAACAAGCGAAUGAAGAUCGUGGAUCAUUUCCUCUACUUUGGCUAUUUGAUCAGCCAGACAGAUUCCUCACGCUUGAUUUCCCUUGUCAAUACUACACCGCACCUGAUCGACUCAGGUGAAGUUCGUCUGCUUGCUUCCAGCAUCCUCAUCGCCCCGUACUUUCCCAAAAAGGACCUCGUCAGAAAGGUUGGAGGGCGAGGCAAGAAAGUGACAUGGCAAGUCACCGGUUUCGCCAAAUAUGAAGAUCGGAUCUGGGCUGCUCGCGUGGCGCCUAUCACGGAUACACAAAUUUCAACUCAAGAUCCAACACCACUUGUUGUUCUUGCUAUUCGGAAAGGCUCUAGGCAAGUCGAUGCGGCAAAGAUUGUAAAGUGGGAACCGGUAGCCCCCGAGAAGGCAUUUAUGUUUGAAACCACUGUGGGAGACAAGGUUCUGCUCAAAAUUGAACCCGAUAACAUGUCUAGAGGCCAUGGAAAAGGUCGUUCUCAGCACGAUCGCGGCUUGGCGGACACGCCUCAUAAGCGGAAGUUCGAUGAACAAGACUAUCGUGGCAAAGAGAACUACGGCGGUGAAAGAGAUGAUCGCUCAUGGGUCCCCAAAGAGCAAGGUGGUGGAAAUUCACGAUCUAAUAUGCGAUACACGAGUAAGGCGCAGUUCAACAACAAAAACAACCAGGCAUCAGGUGGCGCGAGAAACAUGCACCAAGGUGCACCGGGCAACCCCUCUCGGACACGUGGCCACGGAUCUGGUCAAGGCGGUAAUAGAGGUGGCAGAGGUGGCCAUGCAGCUCCACGCGGUCCUCCAGCCUACAAGAGUCUUGAUGACUAUGGUCCGGGCAAUUUUGACGGUGCCAAUGAGUCGAAAGCCGGUGGUACCAAUGUGGAAAUGGUUAUGAAUUAUUAG